AUGGGAAGUGCCGCGGCCUCGAAGCUCGCGGAGGGCGUGAAGGAGGCGAGCCCGGCGGCUCUCCAGGAGUCAGCGAAGGAUCUCUCCGGCGAAGAACGGAGCCGGAUCAUGUCUGCCAUUGCAAUCUUGGAGCUCGCCGGGUCCUACCAUGCCUCUGCCAGCAAUGGUGACUGGGGGGACUACAGUAUUCAGGUCAAAGUGGAGCAAGAUGGCACUGCCAAGGUUGAUGAGUCGGCGUGCUUCUUCCGAGACAGCCCUUCUGAAGAGACCACACAUAAAGGCACGUGCAGCGUGACGGGCGAUAUUCUGACCUUCACUGCCAAGGAGACGACAUCCUCAUCUGCCUACCACAACAAGGACGAGACCGUGAUCAUGAAGUUCAAGAUCCAGGGAGACGGCUCGCUGGCACGGCUGGCCGCGGACGGCAAGAUCGCAGAGAUUCAAGGCGGUUACGAUGGUGAGAAGGUGCCAGCGAUCCUCAACCGCCGCAAGGAGUUCUAG